GUUUGCUUGUCUAAUGACAAUCAGAGAGUUGAAAAUUGUGUACACAGCUAAAGUUGUUGUUGCUGUUUGCUGUUUGCUGCUUGACAACUGUUACAUAAUAACGACUAACUGAAGAAACGUGAAACUCUUGUCUCCAGUGGAAAAAAAAAUAGUAAAAUCACACACACACUCACACAACAUAAUCAGGAUCAUAAAAGCAAGCCAGCGAAGAAAUACGCAAACACGCAAAACGGAGUGAAGACUUGCGUUAUUUUUUCUUCAAUUGUGCAGUCAUCUUCUUGUCUGCCCUCGGGGAAAUAGAAAGGUAACAUUGCACACUUUUCCACGGUACAUUGUGAUACACACGCAUAUACACACGCGUGGACGCAGACACACAAACACAUAUUCACGCACACACACAUACACACACAGGGAGAUAGAUAGAUAUCGCAAAUGAAAAGAGACGAAAAAAAACAAAACAAGGAACAGACACUCCUCUUCCCCGUGGUAAAAAGAUGUACACUCACUACUAAACACACAUUAUCAUUUGUGCACGCCUUAACUACUACUACACCUUGAACAUAAAAAAAGAAGCAUAGAAAAAUCAAACAAAAAAAAGAUAAUCAUCAUAAAGAAAUCAAUACGUCUGUUCACAGCACUACUGACACAUACUUACACACACGCUCCUCCUCUUCCUACUACUACAACUACUAGUACUAAUGGAGAAACGAAUCAUUUCGUCUAUUAGUGAUCAUGAAUUAGUGUCAGAUGAACGUGUUGCCAAUAGAAUAACAAAUAGUUAUCAUAUUAAUAGUAGUGGCAAUAGCAGUAGGAAUAGUAUAACAGAAGGUGGAAAACAGCAUCAAUCAUGCAUAGGACAUUCGCAUUCCGUACAAAGUGAUCAUUGCACCGAUCAUUUUUAUGCUAAUUCUAAUCAAAAUAAUAAUACUAAUAGUAAUACUAACAAUACCAAUUGGAAUUUACCACGUCGUUGUCGAACACAAUCAUUUAAGCCACGAAUGGUGGCUAGAUCUUCUGUGAACAGUAAACAUCAAUUAUCCGGGAAUAUACGUGCUAAUCUACCCUACUACCCCAGUGAUCAACGCUUGUUUCAAUCGAAUCAAUUGGUGACACCAAUUGAUACACCACCAUUACCUUCAGGUCGGCUGAGUCCAUAUAAUCAUCAAGAAACUGACGAAGAGAUUAUAAGUAAUUUAUAUAUUAAUAAAAAUCCUACUAUAAGUAGUCAUAAUAGUAGUAGUCUUAGUAAUCAUAGUCAAAAUCAACAAGUGGAUUAUUAUAUGCCCAUUCAUUCUGAUCGAUCAACACUAGCCCCGUCAGGAUUCAAUUCACCGAAAUCAGUCACUGUAAACAUGGAUUCACAAAUGAUGACCUCUCCGUUAAGUCCUGAAAUUAUGAAUAGCACACCAAGAGAACAGCGUAUUGACGAUCUGAUGAUGAAGAAGUCAACAACAAAUCGUAGUAGUAAUACUAGUGGGACAACAAAUACAGCAAGAUAUUUAGAGGGAACGCGAAAUAUUCGCCGGGAAUCAAAAUCUUAUUCAUCAACUAUUUCACCGAUUCCAUUGAUAUCAUAUCAUCAAAAUGCUAUCCCCACGGGAAUGGAUUUAUAUCCAACACCAAUGGAGAAAAUAGCUUCACCGGAAAGACGAUUAAUCAAUGAUGAAUCGGGUAUAUUGAGAAAAUUACAUCAUAAAGGUGAUUUAUCUAAACAGACAGUUAUGUCAAAAGCUCGUGUAGAACUAGUCCUUAUCUUCGUGAAGGUUGGUCAAGUCGACACAGUGAAUGAAAGAUAUCAGGCUGAUAUCUUCCUUCAAGCAAGAUGGCGUGAACCACUGCUCGACGCCAUAUGGAAUAAAUCAAGUCAUAAGUCAAAAGGCGGUUGGCAGUCAAAUCAAACUGUAGAGAAUCCAAUGACUGAGUUAACACCGAAACGACAUUUGAACACGCUUAAAUUACAAGAUGAUGAAUUCUGGAAUCCACGCCUAUUGAUUGAUAAUGCUCAGGGUGAACCGAUUGAAAUAAUCAGUCAUGAAGUGGAAUUUGUUGAACCAGAUUUUGAAGCAUAUCUUGUUGAAAAACGUCGAAUUAAAGGAGUCUUUCAUGAAACUUUAGAAUUACGUCAUUUUCCAUUCGAUUGUCAGGAUUUAUCAGUAACAAUUACAUGUGAUCGAACCAUUGAUGAAGUUGAAUUAGUCGCUUCACCAACUGAAGUUAGCCAAGUCGAUGUCAGAUGUGCAGAGGAUAGUCAAGAGUGGAAAAUAUUUCAUCAUGUUGAUAUAAAAUCAAUGGAAAUUCAAACAGGUUAUAGUCCUGGAACAAGUAAACGUCGACAUCCUGGUCUAGUGUUUACAAGUCGGUCAGCACGUCGUUCUGGUUAUUUUAUGGUCAAUAUGGUAUUGAUAAGCUGCGUUCUCUGCCUAUUAUCCUUUGCUGCAUUCUCUGUACCCGCUAAUGAAAAUCGACUCCAAUUAUCUUUAUUAUUACUUUUGACAACUGUGACAUUCAAAUUUGCUGCAUCGCAAAAUCUUCCAAAAAUUUCGUAUUUAACAUAUUUAGAUAAAGUUGUUCUAGUGAAUUUUUUCAUGCUUGUCAUACUAACAGUUUGGCAUGCUAUAGCACGUGCUGUUUCAGCCUCGAAACCAAAAUUUUUAGAAUAUGAACAUUAUGUGAUGUACAGUCUACUCAGUUGUUAUUGUCUUGGUUCAGUAUUUUUUGGAUUAACUGUCUAUCUUGAUGCUGGUUCAAGAAGACGUUUAAUGCAACGGAAAGACAUUGAAUUUAAUCAAUAUAAGCAAAGAAUUGAACUAGAAAAGCAACAUCAAUCAGUACUGACUGUCUCUUUAGAAGAAUGGUUAAGUUCACCGCACACAACAUUAUCAUCAGAUUAUAAAGAUAAUUUUUUAGAUAAAAAUGAUUCUUAAAUUUUUAUUCAAUAAUUAAUUAAUCAAUAUUACUACUACUACUACUACUACUACUAAUACUAUUAUUAAUAAAACACCCCGUUAUUUAAAUGUUAACUAAUCCACUGGUUAGCAUUACUUCAUUCGUUGUGAUAUUAUCUCAAUUUAUGUUUAAAAUACACAUUUAAGAUCACCGCCAAAAAUGGCCAAAAGUAAGGAAUUAAAAAUGGCGCGUGUAGACCAACCAUUGAAUAUUGAACAUUGAACUCAAAAAAUAUACCUUUAUAUAUGUAACUACUCAUUCGCUCAUUGUUUAUAGGGUAUUGUUGAAACAAAUUAAUACUAUUAUUAAUUACCAUUAUUAUUAUUAGUAGUAUUACUGCCAAUGUUAUGAGUAUAAAUAAAUAUUAAGGCCAACUGUUUUUCUUUCUGUAAUAUGAGAAGACAGUCUUAGUGUCAGAGUGUCAGUGUGUGUGUGUGUGUGUCGUCCAUGUUCUCUUUUUUUUGUUUCCCGCUCUUGCUUCUUUUUUCGUUUGUCAAUUAUAUUGUUUAUUUCACAAAAAACAAAAAGAAGUACUCCCUACUCAUUCCUUCGUUGAAGUGAAAUUUUUGGUUAUUUAUUAAAAAUGUGAUGAACAAAAACUUGCACAGGUUACAAAAACAAUCAAACAAUAAAAUACAAAAGCAUAAUUCACAUCAAAAAUUAUAGUGGAAACUGUGUAAUGUUUUUUUUUCCCGUUUAUUUGAUGGUUUGUUUGUUUUUUGGGUUCCUUUAUUGUCUAAUCAUUUAUUUACUCUCCCUCUGUGUCCCUCCCUUUAAACUUCCUGUCUUUGUCGACUUCAUUUGUACAAAUACACAUAUUUACAUAUAUAUUCGAAUACAUAGAUGAAGAAUGUAUACACAUUGAGAAUGC